UCACUUACACACCGCGCAGGCGCAACGCGUGCACCAAAGUGUUGCGCAGAACCCUCUCGCCUGCAAGCACAGUCCAUGGCACACAACGUACAGAUGUAACCCAUCGCCCGUCAUGUGCGGGAACCUGGAAGUAGUAGUGGUUGUCGCCUUUGGUCUUUCCGUCCUCCUCGGCCAGCUGGUGGGCGCGCCGGCGCUUGCUGAACGACAUGACACACACGCAGACAAACCAAAGGCCGAGUUCAGUGAUCAUCAAUGUGGCGUCUCGGUAGGUGUGCUCGUCCUCACGACUCCUGGAACUCGGCCUCGCUCGUGUUGGCCAUGGCCAGCAGCUCCCGCUGGACGUCCAGCCGGGCCUGCGUGAAAUGCAUUGUCAGCCUCUGUGUCUCUUUCUGUGUCUGUUUCUGUGUCUGUGUGCCUGUCACCUCGUCGUAGUAGUCCUCCACCGGUUUGUUCGCGGGGUCCGCCAGCUUCAUCGUAAAGGCCCGCGUCGUAAACCUGGCAGCCAAAGAUAGAGAGAGAGAGAAGACGCAUAAGACAUUGAUUGAUCAAUGGAAGCACUCGGUGAGACAGCUGAGUGAUGUGUGUAGUGGCGCCCCUGACAUGUCGUCGAAGGUGCGGCCCAGUCGGGUAUCUGCAUGUCACUCACACACAUGCUCUGUGUGUCGCUGUGUCGCUGACUGCUCGGCCUCUCUGUGCAUGCGCCCUUACCGUCAGCAAUCCCCCCAGCAGUUUGCUCUUCCCCCUUGAAGAAAGCCCCCAGCAGCUUCAGCGGCGCUGCAUGGCAGAUGGAUGGCACAGGAAUGUUGACGUCGGCCAGGGAUGUCUCAGUGUGUGUCUUACUCGUCGCGUUUCUUCUUCCUGUUCUCCCUGUUCCUCUUGCCCCGCUGCUUGGCAGAAGGGCAGGUGCGGCCCUUGGUGGCCUGCCUCUGCUGGCGGCUCGGUGCCUCGCGCAACUCCCCCUCGCCGUGCGCAUACGGGCACUGCAAUGGAAACACCGUGCAACGCACGCACCAGACUACAAACAGUGCAAAUGAGCUCAGGGACGUCUCACCAUGGCCUGCGAGCAGCCCCUCCCGCUCAUGAAGUCCCGGCAGAGCUGCGUCUUGUGCAUCAGGGCGAAGAAACGUUUGUUGCCGUUCCUGCAAAGGGAUCAAGUUGUGCCGCUCAUUCCAUUCAUUGCACAUCAGUGCAAAGCGGCUCCUCACCUCCCUCCGCUGGGGCUUGUUGAUGGCCGGCGCCACCUGAUGCCGUCCGUUGCUCGACAUUUCCCACCAAAAUUGCGACAUCGUCCCACUAUGCCGUCGAGGCAAUGCAUUGGGUGCAGAUGUCUGAGUGAUGACGAUUCUACAAUCUGCAACACCGACACACAACACACACAUGGCAGGCAGUGCACGAGUGCGUGCAUCGUGAAAUUGUCUUUUCUACCGGCCAUUUGUCAUGGCAUGACAUGGAUCCUCACCUGCUGAUGCCCGCGCUGAUCUGCAUCGAGUUGCUCAUUGCCGCAGCCGCACCCUAAAUCGAAACCAUACACACAAGUGUCCGGUGAACGAGCGUGUGUGUCAAGUGCAUCGACGUACCUGAAGACGAUACGGUGCCCAUGGCGGCAAGCAGACGUCGCACAGGCCACGAGAGAAGGCGCACCCACCGACACAGAUCGGUAUCCUGCGUCACCAGGGUAUCACGGAACACAGCAGAUCUGCGUGAUAGAAGGCAAGCAAAGCGGACCAAACUUCGUCUUUCUGAAGCACUCGCUCCGCCAUGGUGAGGUGGUUGGUGCGGCUCUCCCCGCCCCAUGGCCCUGUCGGCCAACACCUCGUGGAUGUUCAACGAGAUGCAUGCCUGCACACACAUACGUCGCUAUGCGCAUGCACACUGCUUUCCCUCUCUUUCCCUCACAUAUAUUCCGCAAUGAGGCUCACCUUGACCAUGCGGCUCCUGCUGUCGGCCACGCGCCUUAAGGACGCCUUGAGAGGGGUGAAAGGCGUCAGAGGCACUCUGGGGGUGCCGGUGGGAAUGAGGCGGACACAGAAGAGGGGCACCGACCGGGUGUGUGUUUGUGUGAGGGCCGUGAGGUCGUCUGUGAGGAUGGCGCCAGAGACAUGAUGCGAGGGGCUGGGUGGGAUGAGAAAGGGUUAGGCGGUGGGAGGGCGGCGGGCUGCUGGGCGGGCGACAAGAGGGGGUAGGAGCUGGAUGGGCGUGUGUAUAGAAUGCCCUCAAGCAAGCCUCAGAGAGGCCGCGAGGGCUGUGGGAAUGCCCGCAAACUGUGCACGCAGGCACACUGCAGGCGGUGAAUGCCCUCGCAACCCCUCACUUCCGAAGGAGAAAAGGGGGCGAGGGCCACGCCCAUCGUAGUCUACCCGUUGCCUUGCUUCCUGACAACAAAGAAAAGACCAAUGUUGACGGAAUGCGUGCAUAGCCAUAUCUCUUGAUCGAUCACUCUGUCACUGGCCUGGUCAGCCAUCGGCUGCUGCAGUGCAACCCAAUGGCCGCUGAAGGCCCUGGAGAACCUGAAAGCAACGGAGGAAAGGACAGUUCACAGCGAGACACACUUGUUGGCCUACAAUCUGUCAUUCAUGUGCAUACCACGGGUGUCGCAGGAUCGUAUCAUAGUUCAGUGUGUGGGGCCGACGGGUGAGGGUGUCGUAGAGGUCAUAGGCCUCUGGGCUAGCCAGGGGCCGCUGUAGACAGCACAGCCAGCCAGCAGAGGCAACACGAACAAUGGACAUAGAUGAGUGGAUGAAUGGAGCUUGUUCUGUGACAUAAAAGUGGGUGCAGCAGCCGCGUCGCUUGUGCGGCCCGUACAGCAACUCACCCAUGACCGACCUGCGAGACAAAAGAACACAACCAAUUGGGGAGGUGCAGCGAGGCAAUUAUCGUAGAGCGCGUUACCCUAGCCCCCUAAUGUCCAUGAUCUCGCCAUGCCUCAGCCUCUUCUCGGGCAUCAUGAAAUCCUGGCUGUCUUCUGCUCUUCAUACGCUGAAGUACCAUCCUCCUCAUCUUUGCCCUACCUCCGCAGCAAACGCGCUUCCCCAACCGAUGAGCUUGAGCGGAGGCGUCGACCCGUCCCGCCCUGUCCUCCACCUGAUGUUGGCCGCUUUCAGAUCCCUGCGACACGACACCAACCAUGACAGCCAGACUUUUGCUGCCUUGCGAAUGGCGUUUUAUGUCCAACGGACCUGUGAGUAACCUUGGCCUUGUGCAGCAGCUCUCGAAGAAAGAGGACCAGGGGGAAGAGCACCUCUUUGGCCUCCUGCUCACUGAUGAGGGAGCGGCCCAAUGGCGUCUUCCGGGAGGUCUUACCCGUACAUCUCCAUCUCCAGGAAGACACUGUCGUUGCUCUUGGGGAUGCGGCCCUUCUUCGGACGAGCAUCCAGCUGCAAGACACACCAAACAAGGCAGGUUUCGACCCAGUGUGCAGAGAAAAGCUGCUCCUACGGUGACGCCAGGGGCGUCUGUCUGUUUGUCUGUCUGUGUGCGGCCUAUUUGUCGAAUACGAAUUGCGACAGAGUCUUGGCGGAGUGCCGCAGGGCCAGCACAUACCGCCGCGCAGUAACGAUCUGGUUGCUGAUGGAGUCCCAGAAGGUGUGAUACUCUUCACCAUCCGACCCCACGGCCAACACAAAGUGGCUGAAGUUGCAGGCCUAUGUUGGACCGAGAUUCUGGCCUGCAUACACAUCACACACCACUCUUUCCACACACACCACACACACACACACAGGGCGUGCCCCUCUCCCCCCUCACCCACCACACUGAUGUUGUCUGGUGUUGCUUUGAAGUACCGCAGGACGACCUCCUCACCGAGCGCCUGCAGCUCGUUGCCGAUGCGCCGCUCGUCGGUGGGCAGCUUCUUUAGUGCCUGCAUCUCGCCCCUCGUCCCUUCCGAUGCGGUGCCCGUGUUGGUGCCGCAGAGGCGCCGCUCCGCUUGAAACAUCUUCAAACAAAAGAAAGAUACCACAUUCAGAGAUGGCCAAGCGCUGUAAUCUUUGUGCUGUAGUAGCAGCAGCUGUACCACUGAGCCGCUGACUGCUAGGUCUCCCCUGUCCAGCCGAGGGCGGUGGGCGGUGGGCCGUGUUGAAGAAGAUGGUGGGCUCUUCGUCGUCUCCGAUGUCCACAAUGACGAUGCAGCUGUCGUGAGGGCUCUCCGGGACAGGCUGCAACAUGAAAUCCUGCCAUCGGCAGCCAUCCAAUGCACGUCCGCACAUCCCCCCUGCUCGUCUUUCCCCUACCUCCGCAGCAAAGGCGUUUCCCCAAUCGAUCAGCUUCAGCAAAGACGUCGUCCCGUCUCCCUUGUCCUCCACCUGAUGUUGGCCGCCUUCGAAUCCCUGCAACAAAACACCAACCACAACAGCCAGAAAUCUACUGCUUUGGGAAUCGUAUUUUGUUCUCAACAGAUCUGUGAGCAACCUUGGCCUUGUGCAGCAGCCCUCGAAGGCAAAGGACCAGGGGGAAGAGCAUCUCUUUGGCCUCCUGCUCACUGAUGAGGGAGCGGCCCGACGGCGUCCUCCUGGAGGCACAGUAGCGCUGCAGCUCUAGCUCGUAGAUCUUCAU